AUGCGCUCCGCCAUCAUCCUCGCCGGCACUGCCGCGCUCGUGGCUGCCCACCCCCAGGGCAGCGGCACCUGCGACGCCGACAACUGCUACCGCGAUGUCAUCAACCCCAAGCACGGUGAGGGCGUCGCCGCCAGCCUGUGCCAGAACCUGCUGGGUCCCAACCCCUCGGGGCUCCCCGCCGUCUGGAUAGACGCCUGCCAGGCUGACGGCAAGCGCAUCUCCUCGGCCUGCUCUUGCGUUCUGCACUCGGCCACCAAGACCGCCUCGGCCACCUCGGCGGCCGUGACCCUGCCCCCGGUCUCUGCGACCGUCACCAGCGCCAGCGUCAAGCCCACCACCACCGCCGCCCCUGGUGAGGACGACGACGACGAGGACUGCGAUGAGGACGAGCCCGAGACCUCGGCUGCCGCGUCUGCUUCGACCACCGGCCCCGCCGCGACUGGUCCCGCCGUCACUGGCCCCGCCGUCUCGACCAAGACCAGCUCGGGCGCUGUCCCUACCGCCACUGGCGACGAUGAUGAGGACUGCGAGGACGAGUCUAGCACCUCGGCCGUUGCUUCGUCCACCAAGGCCACCUCUGCCACCUCGGUCAUCAUCUCUCUGACCACGGCCACCGGCCCUGUUGUCACUGGCCCGGCCGGCACCGGCUUCCUCAACUCGACCCGCACUGGCCCUGCAGCUACCGGCCCUGCUGGUACUGGCUUCCUCAACACUACGACCAGCACCCGCGCCGCAAGCACUGGCCCUGCACCCACUGGCCCUGCCGGCACUGGCUUCCUCAACACGACGACCAGCACCCGCGCCGCAGGCACUGGCCCGGCCACCACUGGCUUCGCCAACUCGACCCUCAGCAUCUCGCGUCCCCCGGUCCCCGCCACGACCUCCUCGGUCCGUCUGACCACCUCGACCGUCUACACCACCGACAUCCGCACCGUGACCGCCUGCCCUCCCACCGUCACCAACUGCCCCGUCAAGGACAAGACCGUCACCGUCGUGACCUCGGUCGUCCCGGUGUACACCACCAUCUGCCCCGUCACCGAGACCGGCCCUGCCCCGACCGGUCCCGCCGGCGGCAACGUCCCCGUUCCCACCGGCCCUGCUGGCAGCGCCAAGCCCUCGGGCUCUGCCGGCGGCAACGGCCCAGUUCCUUCUGGUCCCGCCGGUGGCGCUCAUCCUUCUGGCGCCCAGAGCUCUGGUCCCGCUGGCGGUAACGUCCCCGUCCCCACCGGCCCUGCUGGCAGCGCUAAGCCCUCAGGCUCUGCCGGCGGCAACGUCCCCGUCCCUACCGGCCCUGCCGGCGGCGCCCAGAGCUCUGGUCCUGCCGGCGGUAACGGCCCCGUGCCCACCGGUCCUGCCGGCGGCAACAGUCCCUCGGGCACUCCCUCGGGCGGCCUGACCAGCGCCUCCGGCACCACCACCGCCACGUCGACCCUGUACACCACCAAGACCCGCACCCUGACGAAGUGCAAGGCCGGGUCGGCCAACUGCCCUCCCGAGGACCAGACCACGUCGCUCGUGACCGAGACCUAUGCCGUCUCGACCACCGCCGUGAUCGCUAAGCCCACCACCGGUGUGCCGGUCGUCUCCAAGCCUCCGUACGCCGGCGGCAACGGCACCUUCCCCUCGGGCACCGGCUCCGUCGUCAAGCCCACGCCCGUCCCGGUCCCCACCAACUCGCUCGUCAAGCCGGCCCCCGUCCCGGUCGGCACCCCCUCGGCUGCCAUCCCCAAGCCCAUCAACAACGCUGCGCCCUCGGCUAGCAUCCCCAAGCCCAACCCCGCGGCCAACAACGGCACCGUCCCCGCCACCUCGGCCAAGCCCUCCACCGUGCCGUCGUCGCCCGCCAGCCAGCCCCCGGCAGGCACCUCGCCCCCGGUUCCUGUCGCCACGGCCGGUGCCAGCCACGUCGCCGGUGCCGGCUUCGGCAUGGCUGUCGCUGCCGCCUUUGCCGUCUUCUUCCUGUAA